AGAAGGAGUUGCCUAGGGGAGGUUGAUCCCGCUUCACGUUCUCGUCGCGGUUUGCGCGUGCUGCUGCUUUUGUUUCGCCGGGUUUCACGACUCCCUUUCCCAAGUGGCGUCGUUGUCCCCGCAAAUAAAAUCGUUUCCGCGUGAAGCCCUCUACCGUUGCUGGUGCUGGUGUCGCCUACGUACGUGUGUCUCGCUGCGAAUUCUGUCCGUUUCUCGCGCUUUACCCUUCAGCGUUCAAUAUUCUCGCGCGUCGCGUUCUGUGCCACCGUUUCCUAUUUUAUCGCUAACAAAAUUUAUUCCAAGCGUUGCCAGCCGCAAGUACGGCACACACAUACACGGGCCGCGCCCCCCUUCAUCUUCUCGGGAGUGCGUUGCGUACGAAAAAUGUGGUUUGUGGCGUGAAAAAAGUGUGGAUUGGUUUUUUUGUUAACCCUUGUGCGUAUUGUUCGGUGAUUUAUGCGAUGCUGAAUACCUUCCGCAUCGCGGGACUUUAAUUUCUUAUAUCCAUACGAAGACAGCCUGGGGUUGGUAGUUCUUUCUGAUUAGGAAAGUUUGUGCAAAACCGUGAAACCCCGGGGAAAUCUUUUUGGUUGUGAAAAAUCGAUCGAAAUACAACCGAGCACAAUUUGACAGCAAUUCAUUGAAUGAAACAAGCAGGCGCCGGUGUUGCCAUGAAAAAGUAAUUGCCAAAUGUCUGACGGAAGGGAAGAAGGGAGGAAACAAUAACAAAACACAAAACCAAAACAAAGGGCGCGAAACGCGUGAAGGCAACACAUCAGACGCACGUUGCGGUAGUUGGAAUUGGUUUUGGAGUAAUUAUAUCGAACAGGUCCAGCAGUGUAUAGUGCCACCGUAAGUAAUUGAUACUCCCUUUGCCGGAAGUGAAGUAAAAAUCACCGUUUGACGAGCGGAACUACCAAUCAGCGGCACUUGAAGACCAGUGCAUAUCGCAAGGUGCAGUUGCAGCGUGUUUGCAGUAACGAAGCGAACCACAUUCAGGUCACCCAAAAGAUACCUGAAGCAGAACAAAGCUCUUUUCUCUCGUCGUGAGAUAUUGGUGCAUUUUGAUGAGAGGGAGUUUGUGAACGGCUAGAAAAGUAACGGAGACUCGGUGCUACGGAUGCAUAAAUUUUCGCGAUAACGAGACUUAUUGGACGCGCCAGUGCAGACAACCGGGACCUUGGAGCGCUCCUCAUUAUAACAAUCACAAAACUCUCAAGUCCGUGCCGGCCGCGCAACCGACGAAGCAACGAUGGCGACGCUUGUGGACGGAAUAAUUAUAUCAUUGAUGAAUGUCUUCCUCAACAGCAUCACACUGCAGGUGGCGGUGGCCCUCGUCGUCGGGAGUCUACUGUCCAGCAGAUUCAAGUACCACGCCAAAAUGUUUGUCAUCGUCCUGAUGUCGUUUUUAGUGCUGGUCGUCCCAAUCCCGCUGUUCCUCUUCAAACCGCGCUGGCCUUUAAACGCACUCGUUCCGGGGAUUGUCGCGUGUACGAUUAUCAAACUGUUCGGCGUCGAGUAUGAGAUUCGCGGGCAGGAGCACAUAAACGUACGAAACGGCGGCGUGGUGCUGCUCAAUCACCAAAGUGCAAUCGAUAUAGUGAUGCUGUCACGGUUGCUGCGAGAGUUCCGUAACAUAGUGCCCGUGGUGAAGAAGGAACUGUUCUACGUGCUCCCGUUCGGAAUUGCCUCCUAUCUCGUGGGGGUUGUCUUUAUCGAUCGGAAAAACACCGCCUCGGCGAAGGAUGUGAUGAAGCGGGAAGCGGUGGCGAUUACGAAAGACCACCUGAAACUGGCCAUUUUCCCGGAGGGCACGCGGCACGACAACGACACGCUGCUCCCGUUCAAGAAGGGCUCCUUCCACGUGGCCGUCGACUCGCAGUCCAUCAUUCAGCCGGUGGUGGUAUCGAAGUACCACUUUUUGGACCACAAACGGAAACGGUUCGGCCGGGGUCGGGUCAUAAUCAACAUCCUACCGGAGAUCCCGACCAAGGGCAUGACGAAGGCGGACGUGAACGAGCUGACCGACCGGUGCCAGAAGCUGAUGCAGGCGGAAUUCGAUAAGCUCAGUGCGGAAGCGAAACAGUACUGCCAUAAUUGAGCAACGGAACCAAAAACAAACAAAACAUACACAAACCAUUAGAGAGACAAGCAAUAGUGUAGCAAUGUUGCGGGGACCAGAGGCAAACGCAGUAGAGGUUGGCAGAGCGCAUAAACCACACCACACCGGCACGUUCAAAACGCCAGACGAAACGCCGCAAACGAGAGAAGGGGGGAAGGGAGAGAGGACGAAUAGACAAUCUGUGAUCAAUUGGUGACCAUACAAACUAUGCGGAUCGCAGACACACCACACACGGUGGAAGGUGGUAGCAAAUUGUCCGGGGAUGCGUGCGUGGUCACUUUCCUUUCGUCAAUGUCAAUCUGCACACGGGAAGAAAAGAUAGUCGAUAGAACGAAUAACAUUUAAAAGACGCCUCUUUAAGAGUAAGGAUAUGCCGGUAAUGGCAUAGAUACACUUUUACUACCGAACAAGCUUGUACCCAGUACCUGAGUACUUUCCUGGUACGAUCAAUCCGUUUUCAAUCGAUUAACAUUUCAAAAAGUAAUAACGAACAUUAUUGCGCGGGGCAAACACAGGGAACCAGUGAAUGGGAAAUUAAUAUUCUUUCGAUGGACAUCGGCAUAUCGUCCAGCCCCAGCUCUGUUCGAGAGUGUUGAACAAACCAAAUGACAAGCAUUACAAACCCUUGGGGUGGUUAGAAAGUAGUAGUCAGUAGGUACUAGCGAGACACACUCAUUCUGUUGUUUGUGUGAAAAAGUUAAACAAUCAAAACAAAACAAAACGAGAAAAAAAAUCGUAGGUCAAGGACAUGGUAACAUUAAAAACAUUUUCCCUAGGAAAGAAAACAGAAAGUGAAAACUGAAAGUAGUAAAUGUACGCGUGCGCGUGAGCACUAUGGUUAGUUAUACAAUUGGUUUCGACUAUGUUUUUGAAAAGAUAUGGUACUAGGAAAUCAUAUUAAGUAAAACUUUACCCCCUAGUGUAAACGUAGCAGGAACUGUACACACGCAAACACACCGGUUUAGUCGGUCAUCGGAAAACCGGAAGGGAUGUGCUAUAUAUACAUAUAGAGCUACAUGCAUUGACUGGUCAAAAUAAACUGAUGGCUAAUUUUAG